UCCUCCAGCAGGUGAUUACCGAGAGGGGAUAACGGGAAUGGGAAGAGCACCAUUAAGUGGUCCUGAAAUUCCCAGUGGAACACAACACUUGGUUAAUCCAGCAGAAUCUGAAAUGUUUCAAAAUCAAAGUAAUCGUUUUGAUGGAAAUCAACCAAAUCCGUUUUCACCAGGGUCUUAUGAAAAGGUUCCAUUUGGACAAUCUAGAAGUAUGGAAUCAGCUAGGAAUAAAAGGUUGAAGGCGCCUAUGGGAGAGCAUUUAAGUCCUUUACCAGUGCCUCAUGAUCAAGCAUCACGGCCACUUGACAAGCCACCUCGCGGAUUAGUAUAUGAUUCUGGAUCAAAAUUGGAGGUCAGUGCCUGGGUUCCACCUAACAGAUUAUUGCCACCAUAUCAUCCUCCUGAUUCGAUGCAUUUCAAGGACAGUGGAGAAAGAGAAGCACCACUUGGUCCUCAUGAUGAUGAUAGAAAAAGGGCAGGACCUGGGUUUUGUGUGCAUCAUAUGGGUUAUUUGUCUGCCCGAAAUCCUGAUGGGGAGGUCUGUUCUCUAGUCGUAUAAUCAUACCAUUCUGCCAUACUAUUUUCAUAAUUCAUUCCACGUGGAAAAUCGUCUAGCUAGGGAACUCUUCGUCAGACGAUUUCUCAUAUGAUUAUUUUCGAUAACAUUCCACAGCGCGGAUUUCGAAGUCACUCAGGUUUUGAAGAUAUUGGUGGCAGAGAGCCCCGCCAAUUUAUUGAAGGGCCUAAACCUUUAAAUUUUCCUUCCAAUGUAGCUGGUCGUUUAUUCUCUGAUGGUAGGUUCCAACCUUUGCCUGGCCACUCACAUGGACUCGAGGUUGAUGGUCAUGGGGACUUGAGAGGUACCGAGCAUACUACCUUUAUUCGUCCUUACAACCACGUCCAUAGUGGUGAUAUUUUUGGAAAAGACGCUCCGAAUCAUUUGCAUCAUCUUGAGCCUUUGGAUCCUCAGAAAUUACCAAGUCAUUUACGUUUUGCUGAACCUGCUGGCUUUGGUACCUUUGCUGGCCGUGCUUAUAGGGGGGAGUUGUCAGAGCCUGGUGAUUUUCCUGGUUUUGGUGAACCAGUUGGACGCAACAAACCUGGUAUACCACGGUUUGGGGAGCCUGGAUUUAGGAGCAGGUAUCCUGUCCCCGGAUUUCCAAACGAUGGACUUUAUGCGGGUGAUAUGGAUUCCUUUGAUAGACCAAGAAAGAGGAAGCCCGUGAGCAUGG